GCAUUUUAUUGUUGCAUUUUGAUUGCAUUUUUAGUUUUAUUGGUUUUAUUAUACGCGCAAAGUGGAUGGUGUCUAAUGGUUCUUUUUUGGACGAGGACGGAAGAUGUGAUCAAAAGCGGUUGUUUUAUGAGCAGACGCAUUCAAACUUUAUUUCAAUAAUUUCAUGUUUGCGGGUAAUUGGUCUGAUAGCAAGAUGUGUAAAACUUCAGGCCGUGGACAUGCUCAUUCAUUGAGGACCAGAACCCUGGUGUGAUUUCCUGGCAAAAACACUGCCGGGCAGGACUGAGGCCCUCGGCCCAGGUUUCCUUGCCUGUGCAUACACCUGAGGCCACCGCACCACAAGCAGCUUCCACAUCACCUCUUCAGAGUUUGGCCGACUCAUGAAUCGCUCGGCUGGCGACAUGACCUCCAACUGGAGCGACCCCUCUCUGCUGGACGGCUCGGCGGCAGCGCUCCGUCAGCUGCUCACCCCUGCCCAGGUGACGUCCGGCGCCGGUCCCGGGGCGGCCGAGCCUCUCCCUUCCACCGCCUGGGUGGAGGCGUGGCUCAGCGGCUGUGUGCCGGGACGAGACGGGGCUGAGACGGCCUCUACUCGAGUGGAGUCCACCCCGGCGGCCGAUGGGGCCGAUGCCGAUGAAGUGCGUUCGACGAAGAGUGAUAGUGUGUGCUACCAGCUGCAGCCGAUUGGUGUAUUCUGGGACAUCGAAAACUGCCAGGUACCGCGUCGGUGUUCUGCCGGCGAUUUCGUCUCGCUGAUACGGGACCAUUUCUACGCCAACUGCUGGGAGGCCGAGUUCAUGUGUGCCUGUGACGUCAGCAAAGUGUUCCCGGCCACCCUGCAGCAGCUGAACGAUGCACAGGUGAGCGUCAUGCACGUGCCAGCCACAAGUAAGAACGCCGCCGAUGAGAAGGUCAAGCAGAGCCUGCGCAGGUUCUCUGAUCAGUACCCGGCUCCAGCCACCGUUCUGCUCAUCACUGGAGACAUGAACUUCGCGCCCGAUCUCAACUUCCUCAAACACAGGAAGAAGCACCGUGUCAUCCUGAUCCACAACAGACAGGCACGACCGGCACUGCUCAACUGUGCUGACGAGCGACACCUCUUUGACGACCUCCUGGCACAGCUACCAGACAGCCGGCCACAGCAGGUCCAGGAGGCACGAUCGGCCGACCGACUGUGCUGCCAUCUGCGCCUGACCGGUCUAUCGCCCAACGGCCGAAAGUCCAAAGUGGUGAACGAGAUCCAGAAGCUGGUUUAUAACUGCGGUGGAAGAGUGGAGCGAGUCAAUCUUCCUGCUGGAGAGGCCAUCGUCGUCUUCCCGUCGCCUAGCAACGCCGCAAGGGCCAAGCACCGGCUGCACCAUGUUGUGAUCUGCGGUUCGCAGACGUAUGUGACGUUCUACUACAAGUCGAGCGGGCGCUCUUCCCGGCAGGGCCUGCGCUCGGAUAUCGAUUCGGGUAUGGGCCAGGACAGCCUGCCGCCGGCUCAGGAGGCCCCGCUGCAGCCUCCUCCAGCACUGUGGCCGCCCGAGCCCCGCACUAGGAGCAGCUCUGUCUCCACGCAGACAUCUCCUGAACCGGCGGUGGAGAGGCCGGGCUCGAGCCGUGCGGACUCGGCUGCUUCUGUGGCGACUCAGACCUCGCCGGAUGGACAGCUGACUGCCAGCAGCCUGGGCAGUUCUCCCAGCACCGAUGCGUCCCCUCGGAAUCCUGACCGAACACCAGCGCCGCGGCGCGGGGACCUCUACGACCAGAGGUUCCAGAGUCGUCCGCCAGUCGGCGCUGGUGACACGCCGUACGGCUCUCCCAGAGUGGGCCGUAUGGACGUGCCGCCUCCCCCACCCGCCCGGCCGUUGGGCGCCAGUCCGGUGGGCGGGGGCGGGGGCGGCCGGGCGCGCAGCGGCUCCCCGGCCGUGGGCGGCAGCUCCGGAGGUCUGGACGGUCCCGUGGAGCUGACUGUGACCAACCUGGACUCGAGUAGACACCCGAGAGAUAUGGAGAAGUUGCUAUUGGAGUUGGCCAGCAGACACACUAAGGUGGAGUCUCUCUCGGUCUACUGCCAAUCCGACGGUUCCAUGGUGGCCAGUGUGGUCGUACCCACCCAGUUCGACUCACAGGCUCUCAUAGCAGAGAUGCACCGAGCAGUCAUCGGUAACAAGCGCAUCAUGCUGUCCUACGCGAGGGUUGACAAACCAGAGCCGUACAAGAUACGGGCGCAGGUGAUUCGUCUGCUGAACGACGUGCCGUCCGGCCAGCUGCCGCUGGUGAAGUUCAUGGAGCUGUACGAACAGCGUUUUCACAGCACAGUCAGCAUCGCAGACCUCUUCAGGAUGCGGGAAACAAUCACAGUGGUGGACAGCAGCAGCGGUCGGGUGAUCCAGCUGAACCCGGCACUGAAAACACAGGACCUGGGCGUGUCGGGUAGGCCGGCAGCCGGCUCCGCCUGUUUGCGGCACCCGCCGCAGCGCGGCGCCACCGUCGGCUGGGCCGAGCGAGACGAUCCAAGCGUCCUUCCCAACAGUGAGAUUCAGCUGGAGGAACUAGAACCCAUCAUCUACCGACUGUUGAACUCGCAUGAUGGCGUGCUCUUCCUGUCCAGCCUGCUGGACUGUUACUCUGCGGAGUUUCACGACCCGGGCCUGUCCCGCCUGCGUCUGGAACCGAACGCAGUCUGCCUGGAGCACCUGCUGACGUGGCUGCCUGAGGUGCGGGUGGUGACUCGCAGUCAGGACAAGGCGGUCGUGUGGGCACGAGAUGCGCCCGAAGAGGAGCCGGCGCCGGUGAACCCGGCCCUGCAGCAGAAGGUGGUCAUGUUCUCCCGCGAGGUGGUGGACCUGCUGCGGGCGGCGCCGCGCGCCAGGAUGCCCUUCAACAGGUUCAUCCCGGCCUACCAUCAUCACUUUGGUCGCCAGUGUCGGGUCUCCGACUACGGCUUCACUCGGCUGGCAGACCUGUUUGACGCCCUGCCACAUAUCGUACAGGUGCUGGGGUGCGGUCACCGCCGUGUCAUCACUCUGACGCCCCGCGCUCAGCAGCGCCGGUUUGCCUCUGACCUCCUGCGAGUCCUGAAGGCCCAACACAGCAAACAGCUGUCCGUGGCCGCCCUGCCCGAGGCGUUCGGUCAGGUGCUCGGCAGGGAGUUCGCCGUGUGGGACUAUGGAGCAACGCGGCUGCACACGCUGCUGAGGACGGUCAACGGUGAGAGCGUGGUGGUGUACAAGCACGAGGGCGAACUGAAGGUGGCCAUCCCUCGCCGCGAGCAGACGCCAGAAGAGAUGCAGAAAACCAAACACUUCGCCACGGAGGUGAAGGAGCUGCUGCGUCACGUGCCCUUCUGUCAGAUGCAGUUCAACAAGUUCAUCCCGGCCUACCACCAUCACUUUGGCAGACAGUGUCGCGUCUCCGACUACGGCUUCGGCAAGCUGGCUGAGCUGUUCGAGGCUGUGCCAGAAACUGUGCAGGUGAGCUCGGACGAGGACGGUGAGAAGCUGAUUCAGCUCACCCGACCGGCAUUGCUCUCAGUACUCUCCGAUCAGCUGGUAGCGGUACUACAAACGGCGGCGUCUGAGUCUGUGGGUCUGGACGAGCUGUGUCAGCUGUUUCUGCGGGAGUUUGGGUACCGACUCAGCCCGGCCAUGUACGGAGCCGCCAACAUCAGGGAACUGCUCUCCCAACUGCGUGCCGUGGUGCGUGUGACCGGUCCGGCCGACAGUCCGCGCGUGCUGCUAGUGAACAGACAACACCUCAAACAGACGGCGCUCAACGUGCGACUGCUGCUCAUGGACCAGCCCCAGGGCUGUAUGCCGCUGGACCGGCUGCUGGAACAGUACGCCUGUCGCUACCAGCAGCCGCUCAGUCUGGACACCCUCACUGCCGAGCUGCAGCACGUGCUCAAGGUGGAGGGCUCACCUCCAUCCGCCCGCCACGUCCGUCUAGUCCCGCUCCAGCUCCUGGCCAGGGACGUGGUCCGACUCCUCCGCCGCCACGGGGGCAGACUGCAGCUCGCUGGCUUCCACGCGGCGUUUUUGGCAGAGUUUGGCGUGGCGGCACGGCCGGCUCAGUUUGGCUAUCAUAGUACCCCGGCGCUGCUGGAGGCACUGGAUGAUACGGUAACGCUGCGUGGACGAGGCGCCCAGCGGUCCAUCCACCUCCUCCGAGAGUUCACCACUGGCUGCGACUCGAACGGGGGCUCGGGCGACGGACGACCGCAGGCGGCCGGUGGCGCUCCCGAGCCCCAGCCGUCCGCCCGCGGUCCGCCGCCGCCGCCGGCUCCCGUGCCGGGUCCUCACGGUGACAGCAUCGACUGCGCCCGAAGACCUCCCUCCCCUGGGAUGCAGGUGUACGCCGGUCAGCUGGUCACUUGGUGCCGAGCCUGGGUUUCGGCACCCCCGCCGCCACCGCGCUGGCUGUCCACGCAGAUGGCGCCACCGCUGCCGCACCAGAUGGCGCCACCGUUUCUCCCGCCGCGGCCACCGCUCGGGCUUCGACCGACCGCUUAUGAGACGGGCUGUAUGUACCUAGCCAGCCCUCCGGCGCCGUCCGAGCUGCCCCGACCUCAGUUCAGCUGGCUGCCGCCGCCGCCGCCGACCCCUCCGGCCCCUCAGCCGGGUCCUCCGCCCGCUCCAGCGCCGGACAGUGUGGCGCCUCUACCGGCCGCCAAACCGACGCCCCCGCCUCUGGGAGCGCACCCCACCCCGCCCGAGAGACGCUCUUCGCGAGGCCGCAGCCGAAUCGCCGCCCAGUUCCCUCCGUCCCCCUCCUCCGCCGCUACAUCUACCACGGCGUCUACCGCCCAGUCGUCCACCGCCACGACCACGACCACAGCCGCUACUGCUGCCGCUGUCGCUACCUCUAAGACCAAGUAGUGGAUUCAUGCUGGGCUCGUCUGGCUUAAACCGGCCUGCACUGGGGGCUGAAGCAGCCUGGUAGUCUUCUCAGCUACUGAGGUGGUUGAUAGUAAGGGAAGGACCGGUAUAAUAUGUUGGCGUCGAAGGAAGGAACAGGCUUAAUCUGUGUACUGUCUGCUUUGGACUACUGUCGACUUCUUCCGACGGCAGGAGAACGCUAUAGGAUCUACGCUACACAGCCUAGCUGAGAGAGGUGUGAACUUUGAGCUGGGCUCAUAUAUUAUUACGUUCAGUGUAGUGAUUGCCUUAUACUGUUUCAUACAUUGUGAUUUUUUGGAUUAAGUCUGGAGUGAACCAGGUCAAAAUGGGCAUAACUGAAAACAGGGUUUACGAUAAACUAGAGAAAGGGUAGAAUUCACUGAGAGUUUAAGUGACGCAUGUGGGGCUAAAACAGCACCCAGACACGUGUUUGGCAGACAGUUAUUGUGUUUUGCCUCUCGGGCGCUGCUAAGUACCAGUCUGCGCACAGCUGUAUAUCAGGCAUCACGCCGAUGGCUUAUCUCCGUCAUGGUAUUGUCUGUGUAUGUGACGGACAAGUAUAGCGGUCCCACAGGUGGAACCCCAUUCGGCCCGCCGGUGGAUUUCACCAAACAUAGACAGAUAGUUGCUCCUGUCUGGAAACCUGUCUGGUUGUGCCAUUCGUGUGUGGGAUGUUCAGUAUGCUAGGGACAUCUCACGGCACGUGAUCUGCGUAGUUGAUUGCGGUGUUGAUAGGUACAAAUCGUAACGGCGCUGCGCGCCAACCGCUGGGUACAAACUGAUUCCGUGCUGCCGUUUACCCAGUGUCCAACCGUCCUGCUUCAUCACAGCUGCCGUCAGCAUUUCAGUUAUCCUAAUCACACUGGCUAUUUACCUUGAUAGCGAUGGUUUUUCAGUAUUUGAUUAGUCUUAUUCCGUCUCAAACCGUGGUAGCCUUACUAGAUGCUGCAAUUAUGAUCGUUGAUAUACCAGCAUAUCAGUCGUACUUACACGUUCCUUUUGAGGAUUUGAUUUGCGAUGUACUCUUUAAGGCAUGAACCCCAGGCGGUAAAAAUGUCUGAAGAAAUUUACCAACUACGCGGCAUAGUCUCGUACACGGAACCGAUUUCCUUUUUCAGUGUAGUUUGAACAGUUAUAUUAUGUCCAGCAUGCGAGACCACGGAGCCUGCGCGUUUAGUUGCGUCUGUGGCUGAGUUCUGUGGCGGAAACUCGCAAUUCGUCAGAAUGGUCGAUGUGAUUAUGUGAAGUCCCUUUUCCUAAGGUAGCGAGCGGCUGCUCUAUGUUUCUACUGGACCAUGCCAGUUGAAGUGCUCAAAAGUCGCAAUGCACAAUAGCCAUGGUUGAGUGCUAGCGGCUUGUACUUUGUUUUUUUUUUGUAUUGUGUUCAGUAUUUAUUGGCGGUAUCGAUGUGUUCGGUGAUUGGUAUUUGAUGGUUUGUUUUACGGAUGUUUUGCGGAUGUUCAAUCUGCCCACAGUUUGAGGCCUGAGGCCCCUGCUCUUCAGUGAAGAAACUGUUGAAUUUGUACGUCAGUUCUCAGCUUCUGAAAGUGGUAGCGCUCAUGUUCCGCGAAAAGGUAGCAUGGUGUGCGCAUAUGACGCAUUGUAAAGCUGUAUGCCUCCCUGUGAUGCAAGGCAGCGUUCCAAAUCCUCAGCGUUGCCCUUGUGAAGGCAGACCUUAGAGUGAUAGGUUGCUUGUUCUCCAUCAAAGCACAAGAAGUGCCGAGGUGAGCCAUAGACUGACCUGGCCGUGGCUGUGCCAGAUAUGUGUAGGCUUAUGUGUUAAUGUUGAACUGGCAACUCUCUGGUGUCUUGAAGGCAAGGAGCGCUCGUUCCCUGAUUGACAUCAGGAUAGCCCGUAUGGUGUAUUGCCUGCAGCCCGUAGAGUGUAUAGGGAACUAUGCCCCGGCGGCUAACGCUGACAAACUUGUACCGUCGCGUGUUUUGUGCCGAGACGACAUUGUAUCGCCGCGAUUGUUGUUGCGCGUAUGUUUUUGUAGAUCUUUAUGGUGUGCGCGCAGGCCCACGCGCUGAGAGCUUCCUGUUGCGGAGUUACGCGCUGGAUUGUAGAGGCACUGCGCCGGUCCCGAGCGUACACCUCGGAGCCCCGGCAUGGUAGGGAAACAGACCACUCCGGGCUUUCAUUGCCUCGCUCAGAAGUGUUUUACGUUGUGAAACACAACGAUUCUGUGAAUAAAGUUGAGUGUCACGCAAAGCUUGCGUUCUGCA